GCCGCGCCGCCGCUCUUCCCGUCUGGCUCGGCCCCCGCCGCGGGAAGUGGGAGCCGGGGCCGCGCCGCCGGAGCCAUGGACGGUCCCGCGGCCCCGCUGCGCUGCCGGCUGCUCCUCGCCGUCUGCUGGGCGGCCGCCGCGGGGACGGCGGCAGGAGCAAAAGUUCUUCCACCUCCAUCCAACCUGGACUACUCAUUUAUCCAAAUCUGCACCCUGAACUGGACAUGGAACCCCCCAGAGAACGUCAGCAGUAGCUGUGACCUAGAGUAUUCCAGUGACAUUGUGAUUGAUGAGGUCCUUCAGCACAAAAGAGAAUGGAGUAAGAGUCGCUUCCGUGUGACAGAUACGUCCUUGAAUGAGGAAAUGCGUUUCAAAGUGAGAAGUGAGUGCAAGUACGGUAAUGUCAGCGAGCCCAGCCGGUGGGUGGAGACCUCCCUUCUGCCCAAAGGUAUUCCAGGCACUGCUGCUGUUGACUUGAGCUGCAUUUGGCACAAUUUGGAGUACAUGGUUUGUACAUGGCGCCCUGGGGAGAACACAAGCAGUGAUACCAAUUAUACAUUGUUCUACUGGUUUGAUGGUUUGAAAAACCAUAAGAAGUGCAGUAACUAUUCUAUGCAUCAAGGAAUCUCUGGAUGCACUUUCAAUCUUAGCUUCCCAAAAGUCACCAGCACUUAUCCAGCUAUAAGUAUUUUGAUUAGAGAUGAUUCUGAAGAAAUUAGGCCUGUGUGUGCAAGUAAAAAUCCUACCACCCUUGUAAAACCUGCUACACCGAGACAAGUUAUGCUGUCAAAGAUUAAUGAUGAAAUAUAUCUAGAAUGGAGUGAAUCAGACACCUUCCCAGAAAAUUGUUUAUUUUAUGAAGUUGAAUAUCGCAAUGGAGAUUUGGACACGGCUCAGAUAAUUAAAGUUGAAAAUAAUUAUAUGUCAAUGCCUAGCGUUGAUCAUAGCAGCAAGUACAUCUUCAAAGUGAGAGCAAAACCAAAGCCUGAGUGUUACAGCAGCAAGCUCUACAGUGACUGGAGUGAAGAAAAGAGUGUUGGUGAGAAGGUGGACUCUACAUUCCAUUUUGUUUUAAUAGUCACCAUUCCAUUAAUAGUAGCAGUAUCUAUGAUAAUUCUGCUUGUUUAUCUAAAAAGGCUGAAGAUAUUAAUUCUCCCACCAAUUCCGGACCCUAGAGAAAUUCUUAAGCGCAUGUUUGGAGAGCAGAACGAGGAUUCCCAGAGAUGUGCAAAGGAUGAUCAGGUGCAUGCUUACAACAGGUUAAUCAAGGAAGAAGAAAUUCAUUCUUUAAUCUUAACAGAAACUCCAGUGUGUGCUAAUUCUGAAAACGAAAACUGAUAAGCUCUGCUUUAUCAGUGAAAGAUGAGGAAACUUUCAUUCUUGCUCCCAUACCUCGGGUGACAAUGUACAUGUGAAGGGACCUGCAAGACGUUGACCAGCUUUCAGCUUACCAGGUUCCCUCUGAGCCUUACUUCUCUGACGUUCAGAAGACACAUUGCGAACAGUGCCCAUUCCUCCGUCUCUGCUAGAAUACUUGUCUUGGAUCAUUCAAGAUGAGCAUGUACAUAAAUUUCAUGUGACUGCAUUGCAGCAUCUCACAUUUUGGCUCCAGCCAGCUCUGCCUUAUUACUUGUCAUUUGCACUCGUGUUUGUGCCUCAUGUUAGACUGUAAAUGAGUUUUUUGGAGCAAGCACUGUGACUUCUCUGAAGUAUUUGGUUCUGUUUUGCAGCCGGUGGGAUGAGGCUCGUUUACAGUAGGUGGCUCAUUAGUGCUACUGUGCUGAGCUGCUGCUGGUAGGAUGCCAGCACACGGACCGUGUGUGGAUAGCCUGUUUCAUGUGAUCAAGGGCAAGGCGCUUUCCAGAGGGCAUUUAUGGACUGACCUUCUUACACUUCUGGUUGAUGUGUGCCACUGUGGCCUGGUCAAACCCCAUAGAAGAGAGCUGUUUUUUCUUUUAAAAUGUGUAUGGAAAGCCACUCCAGGUUCCUGUUAGCAUUCAGACUAUUCAUAGAAAAGACCUGGUUUUUUAACCUUCCAAGUGCCUGUCCUCGGAUGCCUUGCCUUUAUGGACUUCUUGAGUUAAUUAUACUUUGUUUAAGAUGAUAAAUAGAAUUUUUUACUUGUGUUACGUAGUGGCAAGUAACUGUAUUGAGUCUUACCACACUGAUUCUGCUUUGGCCAUAUUGGCCUGACAACACCCAGUUUUUGGAAGUUAAGUCAUCUUGAGUCUGUCCAGCAAAAUUACCAGGUUGGAUGUGUGACUCUGAGGAGCUGUGGUCAAAUUGAUUAGCAGGUGCUAAACCACUGAAACCAAGUUAAUUCAAAGGCUUCAAGACCCAUCCUUACUGCUAAGCUGAUGGAUUUGAAGGAAGAAGGGGUGACAACCUUGACCUUCUUCCAAAGGGAUAAGCCUUAUUCUUUCUGUGGUGAUGAGGUUGUGAUUUGAGCUUCCCCUCUAGGAGCUUAGCAAUUUAAAACAAGGUACUGAUUUGACUUCU